AAAAGUACAGCAGCACACAGGUCUGGAAGAGGAGGAGGGUUGCUUCUACGCGUGCACCGGGGGAACAUGCAUUUGCAAAACUAAAAGUCUUUGCGCUUUUGUCAGACUCUGCAGAAGACACCGAAACGUUUAGUUUUUUCCCCAUUUGACACACGAAGAACACCGAGGAGACUUGUCACCAUGGCAUUCCUGAAAAGUUUUGCAACAGUCUACAGGACGAGCUUUCAGGGCGAGCGGCUGAAUAAGCAGCUGUUCACUUUACGCGCGUUACACAAGUCUGCAGCCAGCGAAGCAUUGGGAAUCUCCACGGCCGAAGAGGAGGCCAUGGGCCAGCCUCUGGUCACACCGGCGAACGUCGGUGAGAAAGUGAAGAGUCUGAAGGAGAUGCCGGGACCGAGCACCCUCUCCAACCUGGUCGAGUUCUUCUGGAGAGACGGGUUCAGCAGAAUCCAUGAAAUACAGAUGGACCACAGGAAGUUGUAUGGGAAGAUUUUCAAGUCCCGAUUUGGACCUCAGAUGGUGGUCUCGAUCGCAGACCGGGACCUGUUGGCUCAGGUGCUGAGGGCCGAGGGCCCAGCCCCUCAGAGAGCGAACAUGGAGUCAUGGAAGGAGUACAGAGACAUUAGUGGAAGAGCCACUGGCCUAAUCUCAGCUGAGGGGGAGCAGUGGCUGAAGAUGCGGGGGGUGCUCAGACAGCUCAUCAUGCGUCCCCGGGACGUGGCGGUCUUCUCCGAUGACGUGAACCAAGUGGUGGACGACCUGAUCAAGAGGGUUUAUACUCUGCGGAGCCGCUCGCCUGACGGAGCAACGGUCUUCAACGUGAACGACAUGUUCUUCAAAUAUGCCAUGGAAGGUGUGGCAGCUAUUCUGUACGAGUGUCGACUUGGCUGUUUGGAAAACAAGAUUCCCCGGGAAACCCAAGACUACAUCAGCGCACUGAACCUCAUGUUCAGCUCCUUUAAGACAACCAUGUACGCCGGCGCCAUCCCCAAGUGGCUCCGACCUCUCAUCCCUAAGCCAUGGGCGGAAUUCUGUAGCUCCUGGGAUGGCCUCUUCAAAUUCAGCCGUAUUCACGUCGAUAAGAGGCUCCAAGAUAUCGAGGCCCAGCUGAAGCGGGGAGAGGAGGUGAAGGGGGGGCUGCUCACGCACAUGCUCGUCACCAGGGAGAUGAACAUAGAGGAGAUCUACGCCAACGUAACAGAGAUGCUGCUGGCCGGUGUUGACACGACGUCCUUCACUCUUUCCUGGGCCUGCUACCUGUUGGCACAAAACCCUCAUGUGCAGGAGCAAAUCUUCACAGAAGUGACGGCGGCUCUCGGACCUGGAGCCGUCGCCACAGCUGAAGACGUCCCCCGUCUGCCUCUCAUCAGAGGGCUGGUCAAAGAGACUCUCAGGCUGUUUCCAGUUCUCCCUGGCAACGGAAGGAUUACCCAGGAUGACUUGGUGGUGGGCGGAUACUUCAUCCCCAAAGGGACUCAGUUGGCUCUUUGUCACUACUCCACAUCUUUGGACGAGGAGGGAUUCGCUGGUGCUUUGGACUUCUGUCCAGAACGCUGGAUAAGGAAAGAUUCCACAGAUCGUGUUGACAACUUUGGCUCCAUUCCAUUUGGCUAUGGCAUCAGGAGCUGCAUUGGCAGGAGAAUCGCAGAGUUGGAGAUGCAUCUCGCCCUCACAAGGCUCAUUCAGAAGUUCACCAUUGUGGCGUCUCCUCUCACUGCUGACGUCAAGGCGAAGACCCACGGCCUGCUCUGCCCCGCCUCUCCCAUUCACCUGCAGCUCAUCGACAGGGAAAACUAGAUGCUGACUCCCUCUGCACCAGGUCGACUAUACUGUACAUCUUUUAAAGAGCUGAUUCGUGAUUGUUUGGUGAGGCGGGGUUACAUACACUGCUUUUUAGUAAACCUUCCACUGUUUUUAGAGCUCAGACUGAGGUUUUACUCAGGCAAGAAAUGUUUCUCACCUCAUGUUUGUGAGGGAGGAGCACACAACUGUAGUCAUGGACCAAUUAUGUAAUGAUAAAAAACUGUUUGUAUUUAUACAAUAUGUGUUUUAGUUUAAAUCAGAUUCUUUGGACUGUUACUCCUUCCAUUCAUCCUAUUCAAAAUAGUGAAUGGAAACCUGAACUCUGGUCUUUACUUGUUUCCUUUUUGUUACAAUACAUGCAUGUAUGAAAUAAUGUGGCCAUACACAUUAUAACAAACACACUGUUUCCUUCAUAAGUAUGAGAAAGCAAAUCACUGGUGAUGUUCAAGGGCAACCGUGAAUGUACUGGAAAUUAACUGUAUGUAUGUAUAUAUUGUUUUAAAUGUUUCCAUGGUGUUGUAAGCCAAAUUAUUUUAUCAGGUUAUCUUUUUGUCUCUCUGUUUAAUCACCUAAAUGGCAUUACAUGAUUUUAAUCCGAACAUACUGUAAACUUAUAUAUUUGAAGGAAAAGUCGUAUAACUUUUUAAAUAAAAUGUAAUUUCAUCAUCCUUUAUGAACCACUAUAAACUAAGUAUUUUAGCUAAUGAAAAUAUAUAUAUAUUUCUUCACACCAUAUAUCUGCAUAAAAUGUCUUCAUUCAUUUAGCUUUGUAUUCUGUUUGUGUGAAUACUAGUGUUUUAUCAGAUCAACUGUUACUGUCCAUUAUGAUUGUUAUGAAGAGGGCAAGUGUAUGUUACAGGAGAAGGAACAAGUCGUUGCUGGGUUGUACCAUUUUGAAGGAUCAUGCUGCGGUGACGUUGAGACCAUUUACAUGCCCUUUCGUAUAUCUUAAUUUUUUACUGUAUAGCAUUGUGUGUUGUCCAUAAUACUUUUCAGGAGUUUUAAAUUUACACUGAUAUUACAAUAAAGAAAUGAUUCAACAUGUUCAA